AUGACUUAUUAUCGAACUAAUACGCGAACUGAACUAACCCGACCCUUGACCCGAGAAUCGCCCAGACUGUCAGCGUCGCUCGAUUGCCCACCGUCGCCUAGCCAUCAAACCAUUGUUAUUUUGAUGACAAUCACUUUCAAUGUGUGUCACCACCGCCCGUCAAAGAUCCUUCGUCGCCACUUACCAGACUCCAACACCACCACUGACCACUCUCAACCGACUCGCUGGACUGUUGCUUUAUGGCUUUGGCAUUGCGACAUACUCCAUCGCACCACCGCCCCUGCAAUUUUGGCGCAAUCAAUCCUCCUACAUCAAAAUUCUCAGAUCUUGAAAAUAUAUUUUCCUAUAUCAAUAUCACUAUGUGUAGUUAUACUAAGUCAAACAAGCAUGGUGACAUAA